AUGCUCCUGGCCUCGGCGGUGGUGGUCUGGGAAUGGCUGAAUGAGCACGGCCGCUGGCGUCCCUACAGCCCGGCCGUGAGCCACCACAUCGAAGCGGUGGUCCGCGCCGGGCCCCGCGCCGGGGGCAGCGUGGUGCUGGGCCAGGUGGACAGCCGGCUCGCGCCCUACAUCAUCGACCUGCAGUCCAUGAACCAGUUCCGCCAGGACACGGGGACCCUCCGCCCAGUUCGCCGCAACUACUACGACCCGUCCUCGGCCCCCGGGAAGGGCGUGGUGUGGGAAUGGGAGAACGACAAUGGAUCCUGGACGCCCUACGACAUGGACGUGGGCAUCACCAUCCAGCACGCCUAUGAGAAGCAGCACCCCUGGAUCGACCUCACUUCCAUCGGCUUUAGCUACGUCAUUGAUUUCAGCACCAUGGGCCAGAUCAACCGGCAAACCCAGCGCCAGCGCCGCGUCCGCCGGCGUCUGGACCUCAUCUACCCCAUGGUCACCGGCACGUUGCCUAAAGCCCAGUCCUGGCCGGCCAGCCCCGGAUCGGCCGCCUCGCCCCCUGGCCCGCCCUGCUCCUGCCCGCAGUGCGUCCUGGUGAUGAGCGUCAAGGCGGCCGGGCCCCUGCAGCCCCCAGCGGCCCGCAGGAACGUGCCCCCAUCCGGAGCGGUCAAGCUGCCCCCGCCACCAGGACCUGGGGCCAAGCCACUGGACAGCACCGGCACCAUUCGCGGCCCGGUGAAGACCGCCCCAGCGCAGCCCAUCCAGCGACAGGCCCCCAGCACGCCGGCAGGGGCGACUGCGGGCUCUCCUGCCAGCCCCCCAGGAGCCAACGGCAAGACGGGGAGGGUGGCCCUGGCGACCUUGAAUCGGACCAACCUGCAGCGGCUGGCCAUGGCGCAGUCCCGGGUGCUGAUCGCCUCUGGGGUCCCCACCGUCCCGGUGAAAAACCUAAAUGGGUCCAGUCCUGUCAAUCCUGCCUUGGCCGGCAUCACUGGGAUCCUCAUGAGCGCAGCGGGGCUGCCCGUGUGCCUCACCAGGCCACCAAAGCUGGUCCUCCACCCACCCCCCGUCAGCAAGAGCGAAAUAAAAUCCAUCCCGGGGGUUUCCAAUACAAGCCGCAAGACCACCAAAAAGCAAGCCAAGAAAGGUAAAACCCCAGAAGAAGUGCUGAAGAAGUAUCUGCAGAAAGUCCGGCAUCCACCAGAGGAGGACUGCACCAUCUGCAUGGAGCGCCUCACGGCCCCCUCUGGCUACAAGGGCCCGCAGCCCACGGUCAAGCCUGACCUGGUGGGAAAGCUGUCCAGAUGCGGCCACAUCUACCACACCUACUGCCUGGUUGCCAUGUACAACAACGGCAACAAGGACGGCAGUUUGCAGUGUCCAACCUGCAAGACCAUUUACGGGGUGAAAACAGGGACCCAGCCUCCGGGGAAGAUGGAGUACCACCUCAUCCCCCACUCGUUGCCUGGCCACCCAGACUGCAAAACCAUCCGGAUCAUCUACAGCGUGCCCCCGGGCAUUCAGGGGCCAGAACACCCGAAUCCUGGGAAGAGUUUCAGCGCCCGUGGCUUCCCGCGACACUGUUACCUUCCAGACAGCGAGAAAGGGAGAAAAGUUCUGAAGCUGCUGCUGGUGGCCUGGGACCGCCGCCUCAUCUUUGCCAUCGGUACCUCCAGCACGACGGGCGAGUCAGACACUGUCAUCUGGAACGAGGUCCACCAUAAGACAGAGUUUGGCUCGAACCUCACUGGCCAUGGCUACCCAGAUGCCAACUACCUGGAUAACGUGCUGGCUGAACUGGCUGCCCAGGGCAUUUCUGAGGACAGCAGUGCCCAGGAGAAGGACUGAGCUGGAAAGGCUUUGGGAGUCAGGGGGUGUGGGGACCACAGGGCAGGAAGUGGGGAGAGUCAAGGUAGAAGUCGGUGCUGUGCCCUCCUGACUCCCUCAUCUCCCCUCCUGUCCUGGCUCCACCCCCCAGCCCUCCCAGCCACAGUGGGGGAGCCAUAUUGAACAAGGGGACAUCAUUCAUAAACCUCAUCCAUUAUAAAAGGGACAUGGGAUGAGGGCCAUGGAGUUUUCGGUGCUGGGUAGGCAAGAACACCGCCCCUCCCCCGCCCGUGGGGGCAUGUCAGCACACCCAGGGUGUGGACAGCACAUGGGCUCUCCGUACCCUGACCUGGUGAAGCCUGAGGUCCACCACCUCAGCUGGCUUCUUGCUGCUUCCGCUUCCAAAAGUGGAGUUUCUGCUCUUCUCUCCUCCUCGGGAGGCGAGGAGCUCUCACUGUGCAAGGUUGGGGGGCAAAGGGGUGAACCGCUAAACUGCUGUGACACCAGGAAUCAACGCCUCGGUGUCGAGCGAGGAAGUGCUUCUUGCCAAGAGGGUCAGGGAGGCAAAGGCCUCUGGGAGCAGGCUCAGCUCUCAGCGUCCUCGGCUUCCCGGGCCCUCCUUCCUCCUCACACCACGGACCUGUCCAAAGAGGCAUCUGCUUCUCUCAUGCGGAUGGAUGGGCUCCGGAUUCCUCUCUGGGUGGCUUCCCAAGAUGUUUCCAGCCACUCGCUGAUGAAACCAGAGCCUGCAUCCCACUUAGCAUCCGAACUGUCCUCAGGGAGAGGAGCCCAUAGCCUUCUUCCCCAUCCAUCCCAGACCAGCUCAAAGGUUCCAUGUUUCAUCAGGUCACUGUGAGUAGAGCCUGUGCCGGGCGCUGUGCCAUCAGUGUAUGUGCAUAUGUGUGCGUGUGCACGUGUGUGUGUGCGUGUGUGCCCGUGCGCACCCCUGCGCCAGGUUGGUGGAGGCGCCCCUCAUGUUCUCUUGGUCUCUUUUGCAAUAUGUCAAACCCAGUUCUGAUGGGGAUCGGACAGCCAGGCUGUGGCCCCUUGACUCCCCUCACUCUUUGCCAACCCAUCCCGUGGUGAACCUGGACCCUGAUGGAGGCAGAGCUGUGUGUGGGGAGAUGAGGGCUGGACUGACUCCCUUUUUCUAUCUCUUUCAAGAUUGGACCUGAGCCAGUCUCCAUCCAGCCUUGUUUCUCUGAAGGCUGCAUUCUGUGUCCAUGCAAAUUGGUUAGUUAGUGCCCAGGGGCAGUGCUGGGCCCCUCAUCUCCCUCGUCUGUCACAGAUCGACCUAGAGCACGAGGGAGCCUCAUUCGUAACAAGAUUAGCAUUGCCUUGUGGUCUAGUCCAACCUGCACCUGGGCUGUGUCCCAAGACCCUGUCUCCUCCCUUAUUCCUCUUGCCUACGGCUCCCGUUAAGGGGUGAAUUGGGUGUCGGGGAAGAGAGAAGGGGGUCAAGAAGGGAAACCCUACGCCCCCUUUGAAAGUGGGUUCUUUGAACUAUAUGUUUGGGGGAAGUUCCUCUGGAUACUAAUUUGAAUUUAUAUACCUCAUGUUUUGGGGGUUUGACGUAUAUAUAUGCAUAUAUAUUUCAUAAUAUUUGGAAGGUUUUUGAUGCUGGGAAAAUGGAAACUAAAGAACCUUCAAAAAUGGUACUUAAAUGAGAACCGGAAACGAAGCUUUCCUGAGAGCUGCUCGCUGUGAGGUCGCAGCCGUUUUGUCCGUGUGACCAGCGCGUUUACCGGAGUCUCACCCAGUUCCCCGGACACGCUGGUGCUGCCUUUCCUCAUGUCCACGCGGCUCUCGGGCCUGGCACCGGCUCCAGCAGAGGGAGCUCUGGUGGGAAGAAGUGUGUCUGCCCUCUUGGUUCCAGCCUCGCCCAUCGGUCCACAGCCGUGUAUCUCACAGCAAACUGGGAGGUCGGUCCCGAGUUCGCUGCACCACGGAGUCGUUUCCUGCCACAGCUGGGAAGGAAACAUGAGCUCCAUGGAAGAGACGUCCCUGCAGUGUGGAGCGUCACACCCAUGCCCUUGCCAGGCUACCCUUGUCAGGUGUCUGCUGAGCGGGCCACCCACAGCGAUGAGGAAUGCGACGGGGUGGUGGGCAGGGGCAGGGCUGUGCCGUAGGAGGUGGGGGAGGAAGAA